AUGGCCUCCAUCACCGCAGGACCCGAGUUCCACACUGCACCUCCCCCAGGAGCCUCUUCAGCCUCAACAAUCGAGCAAGAUGCACCAGCUCUCCUUGAACUGUACCGUGAAUCUCCUGGACUUCACAUCUACACAGCAUCUAGUGCCAAUUACGAGGCAUUGAAUAGAAUCAACGACCGGUCUAUCACAACUCUCCCAGUAGCUACUGUGCGGCCUACGAACGAAACAGAGGUUUCGACGGCUGUGCGAUACAUCUCUCAAAAGGGCUUGACUUUGGCCAUCCGAAACUCAGGUGUAGACCAAGGUGGCCGGAGUCGUGCGUUUGGACCUAAAGAUGUCUCACUCGACGUUCGGUCAAUGGACAAGAUAGUCCUUUCGGCUGAUAGGCGCGAAGCAACUAUUGAAGGAGGUGUGUCAGGCGGGAAUUUGGUAAAGUUUCUGGAUAAUUAUGGCCUCACCACGCCGACAGCCUUUUCCACCACAGUCGGUUACGUUGGUUGGGCUUGUGGCGGCGGCUAUAGCACGCUGAAUGGCAUAAUGGGUCUGGGCGUGGAUAACAUCCUUGCUGGAAGAGUUGUAUUGGCCGAUGGACGGAUCAUGGGCACAGACGAUGCUAACUGUGAUCCCGAUUUGUUGUGGGCGCUUCGUGGAGGCGGCGCUGGUAUUGUCGGAGUGGUCACGUCUCUUCGUGUUCGCGUGUAUCGCCGUCCAGAUUGCUUGGCUGGGAAUAUUGUCUUUCCCUUGGCAGAAAUGCCUCAGAUUGCCCAAAAGCUGAAUGAACUAUAUGCAUGGAAGAAACCUGGCAAGUUUGCCGGUGAUGCUGCUAUUAUCAAUCCAGCUGGACAAGGCGCUUUGUUUUCCCUUCUAUUCUUCUGGGCUCUGGAGGAGGACCGCAGCGACCUUGAUGAAGCAAAGGAAUACCUUGAGCGCGUUCUACAGUUUGGAACUGUCAUAGUCAAUACGGCUGAAGAAAGUGAGUUCAGCGUUGUUAUCCCAUUUCUCAUGGGCCAUAUAGGGAAAACUGACAGGAAAUUAGCAACACCCUACAAAUUUCUCUUGUCAAUUCCCACACCUGUACUAUACCAAGAUCUCAUACAUGCCAGGAAGACAGUUUCAGUAUCUGGCUGGUCAGAAGAGCUGGGUCGUAUCAUAUCAGAGCCAAUGCCAACUCCCACAACAGUUAUCAUUAUGCACGACAGUCAUGGUGCUGGAACACGGACAUCUGGAUCUAAUAUCAUGGAGAACGCAGCCUUCUUAAACCGUGAACCACAUUUAAUGUUCGGCUUUUUCGCAUCAGCGUCGCCAAAUGAUCAAGAGGGAUGGAAAAAAUCACAAGCGUGGGCAGAGAGAUUGCUCGAAAAUGUUACAAAAGCAGGGCUAGCUAUGCCACAGCGCUACAUCAACUUCUCCAAGCCUCUGAAAGGCGACGGGUUGGGUUAUUACGGAGCUCAGGGUCUGAUUCGCAUCAAGGCAAUUAAAAAUCGACUUGAUCCUGCAAACUUAUUUGCUAAGAGUACGCCUGACUUAACAGAGGCAUAA